AAUUCAGCAUUAAAUGCUGGGAAUAUUCUCAUCAUCAAGGCUAGAAGUGCAUCUGAACACGCAGGAGACACUCCAGGUGAAUCUGUGUGCCGUACUAGAGUAAAGAUGGAGUUUAUUAAAGAGGAGAUUGAAGACAUGAGUGAUCCAGAACCAUCCAGAAUAAAACAUGAAGAUACUGAGGAACAAACAGACCAGGUGAGAGUGAAAGAGGAAAGACAAGAACUGAAUGAAGUGAAGGAGGAACAUCAUAACUUUACAAUUCAAAGAACAAAAGCCCAAAAGAUGCACACCUGCACUCAGUGUGGAAAGAGAUUCUCACAGAAAGGACACCUUAACACACACAUGAGAAUUCACACUGGAGAGAAACCGUAUAAAUGCACUCAGUGUGGAAAGAGUUUUACUGAUUCAUCAGCUCUCAGUCAUCAUCUGCGCAUUCACUCUGGAGAAAAGCCAUUUAACUGUGAUCAGUGUGGUAAAGAUUUUAUUUCAUCAUCACAACUAAAUAAACACCUGAAAGUUCAUUCAGAUGAGAAGUCUUAUGUGUGUUCUCUCUGUGGAAAGAGUUUUUCACGUCUGAACGGUUUAAAACUGCACCAGAAAACACACAAUGAAGUGAGAGACUAUAUGUGCUUUGUCUGUGGGAAGAGCUUUACUAAAGCUGACAAUCUGAAACGGCACCAAAGAAUUCAUACUGGAGAAAAACCUUACAAGUGCUCAUAUUGUGACAAGAGUUUCACUCAGCCUGGACACCUGAAAUCACACGAGCGACUUCAUAGUGGAGAGAAACCGUACGCCUGUCCUCAGUGUGGGAAGAGUUUCACCGACUCGAGUAAUCUAGUGAAACAUAUUAGAAAGCAUUGUUCUGUGUCACAGUGAGCAAAUGUUUUGUUAGAUUCAAAUGUGUUCGUAAACUAAUAAACUAGUAUUGCUUUGAAA